AUGCAUCCUUCUUAUAAUCAAGUAACUCCAUUAACUUUAGGUAAAUCAAAUAGAGCCAAACUUAAUAGUGGAUCCCUGACCAACGCAAACUCAAAGACUAAUAUGACCGACACAAUCAUACAGAAAAGCAAUAUUAUGUAUAAUAACUCAACAUUACCUUCUCCUCCUCCACCUCCAACAAUGUCAUUACCUUUACCAACACAUUCAGGUACAAUAAUUCCACAAUCACGACCAUCUUCAACUAUGUAUAACCCAUUACUUACAUCGUCAUCUACACCAUAUAUACAAGAAAGUAGUCGCAAUAAUAGUCCAACAAAUAUUUCUUUCCAAUCACAACCACUACCACCUCCACCACCUCCUCCUUCUUCUGUUGAUCCACCAUCAGAAUCUUUCCGAUUUAAGAAACCCGUAAAUGAUAGUUCUAUUAACAUUACUCAGUUCAAUCCUCUCUUGACUAACACUAAUCCACUUAUUCCUACUUUCGUCACCUAUCCUACUUCUAAACCUCAACAACCACAACAGAAAUUUAAACAGAACAAUAAAAAAAAUAAAGCUAAUACCAAAAAGCAAAAACUUAACAACAAUAAUACUAACAAAAAACAACAACAACAGCAGCAAGUGCAGCAAACGAACAUUAGCAGCAAAUAUAACUUUUUUACAAAUACAGCUGAAGAUGCCGAUGAUGAUGAACAAGAAAGAAGAAGGAAAAGGGCUGAAAGAUUCAAUACAACGCCUUCUUCUAUCAUAAUGCCAAACAAUUCAUCAUCAUCAUUAUCAUCAUCUUUAGUAUCUAUGAAAUCGGCAACAUCAUUAUCAUCGGGGGCAUUAAAUACAGCAAAUAACCCCGAUGAUGCUGAUGAAGAUUUCGCAAACUUAAAUGCAAGAAGUACUAAAUCUCACAAAUACGAUAAAGAUAAAUUAAUCGUUGGACGUUGUCAAAAUUUAGAAAAAUCUUAUUUAAGAUUAACAUCUGAACCUAAUCCUGACUUAGUUCGUCCUUUAUCCAUCUUAAAGGAAACGUAUAAAUUAUUAAUGGAUAAAUACACGAAAAAAACUGUAAAUUACACAUACCUUUGUGAUCAAUUGAAAUCAAUGAGACAAGAUUUAAGAGUUCAAAAUAUUGAAAAUAAAUUCACUAUACAAGUCUAUGAGUUCCAUUCACGAUUAGCACUAGUAAAUGAUGACUUGGGUGAGUUUAAUCAAUGUCAAAGUAGAUUAUUAUAUUUAUUUGAUCUUUUGAAACCCACAUUAAAAUCAAUUCCAGCCAUAGAGGAAUUCUUAAGCUAUCAAAUUUUAUAUUAUCUCUUGACUGAGGAUAAUUCAUCCAUCAUAGAUUUGAAAUUGAAACUUAUUCGAGAAAAUCCAAAAUUUUUACAACAUGAUUUAAUUCAAAAGGCAUUCUAUAUGUUCCAUUUAAGAUUAACAAAUAAUUAUAGAGAAUUUUUCAAAUGUUAUUCCAAAAAGAUGAAUGGUCAUGGGAAAAAUUUAAUUAAUGCAUUCAUUGAAAAGGAACGAUUGAAAACUUUAUCAAUUAUUUGUAAAAGUUAUAAUCAAAUUAACUUGGAUUUCUUAAUGGAUCAAUUUCAAUUUAAUCAUGAGGUAAAUAUUUUGGACUUUUUGAAGAAAAAUAACUUAAAUCAAUUUAUCAUUACGAAACAUAACUCGGUGAAACAUUGCGAUUAUAAAGUCUUGGAUACUAAAAAUUGUAGAUCAUUAGUUUGGCAAUUAUAUUUGAAAUCGAAAAAAGUAGAUAUUAAGGGUCAAAAAUAA